AUGAAGGCCGUCAAGCUGUCCAGCUCCCUUUCGCUGCUUCUCGCUGGCAUCUUGGCUGUGUCUGCUGCCCAGCCUCAAACCAGCGGCGACGCCUCGCUCGCUGCCAGAAGCUGCUCAGGCGAAGGAGGAGCAACACCACACUUUUCACAACACCACAAGCGCGCAGCGCACCAUCCGUGGUCGCAUCAGAAACGCACGGUCCCGCUUCCUGCUCCCCGAUCCUACGACACACAUCACUACUAUGUCGUCGAGGUUCACGCCCACGCAGGCCAAGAGGUGGACCCACGCCAUGUGGCAGAGUCGCUCGGUGCCGAGUUCGUCGAGCAGGCAGGUGAAUUGCGAAAUCAUUGGCUGGUUCGAUCCCAAAAACCCAUGCCACAGCUGGCAGAGACAUUGGCGAAGCGCAGCAACGCCGACGCCUCUUCUUCUGCAGCUCCAUCAUCUGCGUCCGUGGCACGCCCAGAUGUCCCGGAACACCAAGACCCCGUCCUCCAGCGGUGGUCCCACAUCCGUCGUUCCGCUCGCGAUCCUGGAUUCACCACCACUCACAGCCUCUCCAAGCGUCAGCACGCCGCUGCGCUCUCGAUAAAGGCCGUCGAGCGUCAGCAAGUCAGGCUGCGUCACAAGCGCAACGUCCUCUACGAUCCAGCACAGAUGCCGCACCUCUAUCCCGAGCGUCGCGAUCCCCUCCCAGCACCGGACGCCUGGCCAUUUCAUCAUGUGAGGUCAGCGGACCCCUCACCUCGACCCCCGAUCAUCCCUACUGCCAAGACGGCCGAGAUGAUGUCCACCUUCAACAUCAGAGAUCCUAUCUUCACUGACCAGUGGCACCUUGCCAACGACCGCAAAAUUGGCAAUGACCUCAAUGUCACCGCCGUUUGGAACCAAGGUAUCCUGGGCAAGGACAUCAAAGUCUGCCUCAUCGACGAUGGCCUCGACAUGCACAGCCCCGAUCUCAAGGACAACUUCUACGCACCGGGCAGCUACGACUUCAAUUCGCAUACCGAUCUUCCCGAACCCCGCGAGAGCGAUGAUCAGCACGGUACGCGAUGUGCCGGCGAGAUUGCUGCGGUGAAGAAUGACGUCUGCGGAGUAGGCGUUGCGUACGAGGCCAAAGUUUCCGGCGUCCGUAUCCUUUCGGGGCCCAUCUCGGACGUCGACGAGGCUGCUUCGCUCAACUACGCCUACCAGGAGAACGACAUUUACAGCUGCAGUUGGGGCCCUCCCGACGACGGACGUAGCAUGGACGCUCCCAAGGGCCUGAUCGCAAAAGCCAUGCUCAACGGCGUGCAGAACGGACGCGACGGUAAAGGCAACAUCUUUGUAUUCGCUGGUGGCAACGGAGGCGCUUCAGACGAUCAAUGCAACUUCGACGGCUACACCAACUCUAUUUACUCGAUGACCAUUGCCGCCGUCGACCGCGAGGGCCAACAUCCUUGGUACUCGGAGAUGUGCUCGGCCAUCAUCGCAACCAGCUGGAGUUCGGGCAGCGGAGACCACAUCCACACCACCGAUGUCGCCUGGAACGGCGUCAACCGAUGCACGGGCUCGCACGGCGGUACCAGUGCAGCCGCUCCCCUCGCUGCCGGAGUGGUAGCUCUGGGUCUCAGCGUCCGACCCGAGCUGACCUGGCGUGAUGUACAGCACAUUGCCGUACGCAGCGCCGUCAAGUUCAACCCGGAGGACCCCGACUGGCAGCAGACGCAGGCAGGCCGUCACUUUAACCACAAAUACGGCUACGGCCUCAUCGACGCUUACCAGUUCGUCGAGGAGGCCAAGCGUCACCAGCUUGUCAACCCGCAGGCGUGGUACGAGUCGCCCAACAUCACCUUGCCUGCCACAGAGACGCUCAUUACCGAAUCGGGCACCGAGUCCACUCACACCAUCACCGAGGAGCACCUGAAGGGAGCCAACCUGGCUUCGGUCGAACACGUUACGGUGCGGGUGUGGAUCACCCACCAACGCCGUGGUGACGUCAAUGUCGAGCUCAUCUCGCCACACGGCACCAAGUCGGCGCUGGCGCGGUCGCGACGCUACGAUGAUGCAACCACGGGUUUCCUUGGCUGGUCAUUCAUGACGCUUAAGCACUGGGACGAAUCGCCCAUCGGCGAGUGGAAGCUGCGCGUCUUCGAUCCGGCGCAUCCCAACAAGGUGGGCAACAUCUACGCUUGGAGCAUGUCGCUGUGGGGGGCUUCGAUCGAUCCGUCCAAGGCGGUGGCGUGGAACUUCCCGGAAGACUCGGUGGAGUACCAUGAGAAGCUGCCCAGUGCUCCGGAGACCACGAUCAUCAAGCUGCCGCCCAGCUACACCUCGUCGGCGCAGCUCAAGAAGCCCACGGACCACCUGCCUUCGGAUCACGGUAGCGCCGAGGGCGAGUCGCACGUUGAUUUUACCAACCACAACGGCAGCGUUCCCAUCAGUGUACAGCCCGAAGCCGAUACGGGCUACAUCCAGGGGCUCAAGAAGAACAGCACGUGGGUGGUGGUAGCUGGUGGGCUGGUGGUCAUUUUCGCCGGAUCGCUGGCGGCGUUCUUUGUGAUGCGCAAGAGGAAGAUGGGUCGUGGUCUGGGUGGUGGUGGCGGAGGAGGCGGGCGUGGAGAUGGAGGCGGAUACGAGUCGCUCGCCAACGAUGAAGAGGUGGCGAUGGGCGAGCUGGACGAUGAAGGUAGAAGAUCUUCGCGUCGCGGGCACGGGGAAAAGUCGCGUAGGACCAAGGAGCUGUAUGAUGCCUUUGCCGAAGGCUCGGAUGACGACGAGGAUGGUGACGACAACGGCGAGCCCAGCGGCCGCCGUGAGGGUCGAGGCCUGCUUGGCCGCGUCGGACGUGGGCUGGGCGCUGACGAACCGUACCGCGACGACCUCGACGACGAUGAAGUCGACGGCGAUCACAGAUUUGCCCUGCACGACGACGAGGCGGAAGACGACGACGAAGCGAAUACUACCAGUGUCUCCGCCACUGCUCCAGGGAAAGGAGAGGCAAGCGAGAAGGCUACAGCGGCAACUGGAGCCAUUGUCGACCUUGGCGACGAUGAUGACGAGGGAGAAGAGGCCGAUCGUCGAUCGGGAGGUUCGGGAACGGGCUCAGCCGGCGAUGGUAGUUGGCAAGACGCGGCGGAGGGGCGAGAUCUGUUGGCUGGGCUCGGGCAACCCAAGUGA